AUGAACCAACCUAGUAUCAUAAUUAGUACCGACGAGGAGUUGGCCCUAGUUUGUCAGUUAUUAUUCUAUCAACCUACAGGUUAUCAUUCUAAUGCUCGAUUAUUACAUAAAGAUCUCAAGAAAGAAGGGCUUGCUCUCAUUGAAAGAUUUAAUAAAACUUUAGCAGAGAUGCUUUACAAGAUCCAAUAUGCUGUUGAAAGUUCUUCAAAGUGGGGAUUGGCCCCAAAGGAGGCCAUCAAAUUAGAAAAGAUUGAAUCUCGACUAUCCACAAAAUAUAAACAUCCUAUUAAUAAAAAUAAGGAGAAUAAAUUAAAGAAGAAUGAUAUAAAAAGGGCGACAGAUCCCACAUUCAGUCCAAGUCUUCAUAAAAUCCACAAAAUCGUAGUCUCAAAAAAUGAACCUAUCUUAUAUUAUCUCGGAGACAAUAACGAUGAAUAUCCUCCGAAGCGAGGAUUUGUGAGAGAGGAGCUCAUGAUUGAUUUGGAUGAGCAGAGAUGGAGAGAUCAAAAAAAGCAAGAUAUAUGUAAAAGAGAGGACAUAUGUCUCAUUGAAAUGGCUUAUGAUUCAGAUAUAUUUUCCUAUAUCAAAAGUGAAUUGCAAAAGAAAGUUAGAAUGAAAGAUAAAGGCAUGCCCAUAUAUGUAUACAAUAUCGAUGAGACGUCUAACAAUUCCUCAGAACGAAUGAAAGGUAAUAAGUAUUCUCCAGAUGCCACUUUCAGAUUACUGGUAUGUGGGGGUUCUAAUAGUGGAAAAACAAAUAUGGUUAUUAAUCUUAUGCUAGGUAAAAAGCUCCAAUGCAUGUUUAAUGGAAAAAAAGUAAAAAAUGCAUACAAGAUUUUCGCAAAUGCCCCUAAACCAUAUCGAGAAGAUGUUACAUUUAAAAGGAUAUCUCCAGAUAAAAUUUCAGAUAUAACUAAAUUCUUUCCAGAGCGAAGUACAGUUGUUGUAUUUGAAGAUCUAUAUGCUGAACCAAAGAAAAAAUAUACCCAAACCCCAAAAAUUAUUCAUGAAAAUAUCUCACAUUUAUGCUUAUUCCGGAGGAGUAGUAGUCGAGACGAUAUUAGCAGAAUCAUAUGCCAGUAUACAGAUGAUCCAAAAAAAGCAUCUAAAAUUAUUGAUAAACAUUUAAGAGAUCGAAAUUUUGUAGUUUUUGAUUUUACUAAAGCAGUAGACGAUCCUUUAAGUGUACGGCUUAGUUGGAACACACCCCUGAAAUUAGAUGAAUAG